AUGAGCGCGGCUUUCCAGCCCUCGCUGAUGAUGAUGCAGCGCCCGCUGGGAAGCAGCACGGCCUUCAGCAUCGACUCGCUCAUCGGCAGCCCCCCGCCGCCCGCCCCCGGCCACUUCGUCUACACCGGCUACCCCAUGUUCAUGCCCUACCGACCCGUGGUGCUACCGCCGCCCCCCCCGCCGCCCCCGGCGCUGCCGCAGGGCGCCCUGCAACCGGCGCUGCCCCCCGCGCAUCCCCACCACCACCAGCUCCCCAGCCUGCCCACGGGUUUCUGCUCCAGCCUGGCUCAGGGCAUGGCUCUCACCUCCACCCUCAUGGCCACGCUGCCCGGCACCUUCCCCGCCUCCCCCCAGCACCAGGAGGCCGCCAGGAAGUUCGCACCCCCGGGUAACUUCGAUAAAGCCGAGGGGAUGCCCCCGGACGGCGGCGGCGACGACGGCAAAGCCUUCCUGGGGAAGGACGGAGCCCUCCUGCCCUUCCCCGCCGCCGACGCCGUCCAGGCCUCCCUCGCCGGGGCUCUCCGGGGCCAGGGGAAGGAGGACCCCAAAGCAGAAGAGGACGCGAAAGGCAAGGAGGAAAGUUUCUCCAUGGACAGCGAUCUAGACUAUAGCUCGGACGACAACAUCCCCGGCCAGGCAGCUCACAAGGAAGAGGACUCUGGCAACGCGCUGGAGGAAAACCCCCAAAACCCCCCUAAUUCCACCAACACCACAUCCACGGGCAAAAACCGGCGGAGGCGAACAGCCUUCACCAGCGAGCAGCUGCUGGAGCUGGAAAAGGAGUUUCACUGCAAAAAGUACCUGUCCCUGACGGAGAGGUCCCAGAUCGCUCACGCCCUCAAACUCAGCGAGGUACAGGUGAAAAUCUGGUUCCAGAACAGACGGGCUAAAUGGAAACGGGUCAAGGCGGGCAACGCCAACUCCAAGACAGGGGAGCCCUCCCGAAACCCUAAGAUCGUGGUUCCCAUCCCGGUGCAUGUCAGCAGGUUUGCGAUCAGGAGUCAGCAUCAGCAGCUGGAGCAAGCCCGACCCUGA